AGCGCGUGUCACUCCACUGAACAGAAGCUCUCCAUCGUCAUCCUCCUGCCCAGGAUUUAGUCCUCUUGAACCUCAAAGUCGCCAUGUGAUCUAGAAACAACACAAGUCUAUUCUUCACCAUACCGUUAUUAUGAUGGGCUGGCAAUCCUCCGUUCUCCGAGAUGAGAGGGUCGUUUUCACCGGCGUCGGCUUCGUCACGGCGAGCUUGAUCAUCUUCGCCAUGAACACUUGGCUAACAAGAUGGCGAGACGAGACCAUUGUCACUCCCAAUCCGCCAAAGACGCAGUACAUCACGCAGCAGACCGAGGACUCACUCGAACUUAAGACGCUGGACACCUUGCUGGGCCACUACAACCACGCCAUCAAGGAGACGGCUGCCAAGAUCAUCUGUGACAGGGCUGCAAAUGACCCCGGCCUCCUGGAGACGUUGCUCUGGGGCAUCACCCGUCCAGAUUAUGACGAGCGUGUCAAGAACUUGAGGGCUCUAGCUAUCAUCUGUGUUCCCCGAGUCCUUCCUAUGCUUCACACCUGGAAAGCACACUCCGCCAUAGUCCGGUGCCUCGAGCUCUCCCUCGACCCGGAGCAGGAGGUGCUCGAGAAUGAGGGAUGGGACGAUUAUCCAUUGAGGGAUAUCACCGAGAAAAUGUGCUUCAUCUUUCUUGAGCAACUGGUCGAUCAUUACGGGCCAGAGAUGCUGAUCCGCUCCAAGUUCGUUGAGCGUUGGCUGUCCAAGCAGAACUGGGGCAGGACUGAGGAGGACAGACAACGCAACUUCCACAACUACAUGUUGUACAAGGACAACAAGAUGAGGAGGCUUGCGGAUGCGGUGCGCAAAACCGAGUCGGGAAGAUCGGUGCUGGUCAAGUGUGGUCUCAUGUCCCAAGAGGGGGCUGACGACUUCGCGGCUGAGCAGGCCGAUAACUUGAACCUCAUGGACACAAGCGGCGAGCGGUAUAACCUCCUGCUCUCUAUUAACAUGGGUAGGACCCCGCGGGCCCAGGAGACGAGUGCCGAGGAGCAGCGGAUCAGACACCGGAAUCGCGAGGCAAUUGUGAUGAACGAUGGGACUAGACCGAUCGGAAGGGACGAUAUUAUUCACCGAGACACGGAGUGGCGGGUUUUGGGAGAGCCUGGUCAGUCUUAGAAACCACAGUCGUUGUAUCAUCGCAGUAGAAUUAUGCUUUGCGAAGAAACGGGGACGCAUAAGGGAAACGGAAAAUAGAGAUAGGAAUGUUUAAAGCAUUGAAUACUCCCAUCGAUCCAAGGAUCCAGAAUAACAAAAGCUUCGUUUGGGCGGAUAAGAUGGUGUGCGUUUGUUCUGUAAAAAAAAAGUCAUAUGCAUGCAUCGUUUCGUUCAAUUGUUAACGAUUCUGGAGCAACUCCACC